AUGUUCGGGAUCUUUGCGGAUUUGUUGUCCUCCAUCAUCACCAUCCUUUUCCCCGUCUUUGCAUCUUACAAGGCUCUCCGCUCCUCCGACCCCUCACAACUUGCGCCAUGGCUGAUGUACUGGGUGGUUCUGUCCGUGAUUCUGCUGGUAGAAUCUUGGACAGUGUUCAUCAUUGGAUGGUUCCCAUUCUAUAGUUGGAUCCGACUGUUCUUUAUGUGCUAUCUCGUCCUCCCGCAGACUCAAGGCGCCCGUCUACUCUACCAAGACUACGUUGACCCAUUCCUGAACCACCACGAGCACGAAAUCGAGGAGCUCAUCGGUCGCAGCCAUGAGCGAGCCAAAGCACUUGGCCUGCAAUAUUUUUACCAGGCCAUGGAUCUGAUUCGGACAAAGGUGCUAGGUCUCCCCCCACAGAAGGAAGCCCCGCCACCUCCAUCAGGGCCAGCUGCGUACGCACAGUCCUUGCUGUCACGAUUCAAUAUCCCCACUGCGGCGGCAGCGUCCACAGCCCCAGGAGAUUGGUAUUCUGCUCUCAGCUCUGUGCUUGGGUCAGUGGCAUCUCCGGGCAAGUCGCGCGAGACCCAUGAGGAGCAGCUUUCAGCCAGUGGUACUCUACUUCAACGCCAAAUUCGAUCCAUGACCGGCAUCGAUAAGGCGCAGUAUAUUUCUCACCAGCGAGAGGUGCUGGAUUAUUUGCGAUCGACACUAGCCCAAGAAGAGCAAGCGAUCCAUCGUGAUGAUCCUGAGAGUGACGAUCUUGCCUAUGGAGCUCCAUUGCGAAAGAACCGAAGCGAUAAUUCCUUUGAGGUUGUUGACGAUGAAGAUCUGGAAUCUCGCGCGACUCGUCGCACUAGUGGUAAAUGGACCUCUGGCUGGCUGGGUCCCGAGCAUGACUCCUCAGGCUCUUCCGAUCAUACUUCCCGGACCACGGGAUAUGACCGAUACAACUGA